AACUCUACGGGAAUUUUUAACUUCUCAAGGUCGAACCAGGGGAGCGAGUGUUGACCGUAGUCAGUUUGCUAUGGCUGAGUGUGCCGUGGCCACAGCAAAAGCAAAUGUUAUGCUGUAUGAUUCGAAGGCUAGUACUUGGAUCCCAAGUGGCCCAGGACAUGGCAUUUCCAAAGUUCAACUAUAUCACAACACGUUAACUAAUGCCUAUCGAGUUGUUGGAUGGAGGUUACCAGAUCGUGAGGUUGUUAUUAACUGUGCCAUUGCACGUGGGUUAAAAUAUCAUCAAGCGCGUCCAACGUUUCAUCAGUGGCGUGAUAGUAGACAACAAGUUUACGGCUUGAAUUUCACAUCAGUUGAAGAAGCAGAUGCAUUUGCUGCCGCUGUUAAAUCAGCCUUAGAAAGUCUAGCUGCACUACAUUGUCAACAGGCUUUACAAGCUCAACAACAACAAUGUAAGCCUCCUGUAACUUAUGAUCAGUUGGUAUCAAAUGAAACAACAACAACUAUUACUAUUAAUCAAGAUAUGCAACUAAACCAAUAUCAACAAUCAAAAUACCAAAUACCAAAUCAACAGCUAUCAUCGAAUCAACAAGUAACUAACUAUAAUAAUAACAAUCAGGCAUAUUCUGCACAACCUAUGGGAAUAUUAGUCCAAAAUCGUCAAAUUUCAUCCUCUGACAUAACUGAACCAACUGAAAGUUACAUCGAUCAGAACAAAGCAUUAUCAUCAUCGGCAUUAUCGAAUCAGCAGUCUGAUCGAGACACUUUAUGCAAUGAUUACAAUGAGGCAAUUGUGAACAGUGUAAAUAAUAUUAUUUUAAGUGAUAAUCAGAAUGUCUACCCGGGUUAUACAACAACAUGUAAAACUAAUACCUCUAGUCAUCAGAAUACUGAAAUUUCACGUCUUAAAUCAUCGAUGGAACAAAAUGUAUCCGCGAUAAAUGGUUGUUCAAUGAAUGGUAAUACAGAACAUGGUGUAAAUUGUGAUUCACCGUAUUAUUCAUCUUCAGACGAUAGUGUACGUAAUCUUCGUGGUUUGCCUAAUGGAUCCAAUGAACCUCAUGUGAAUCCAACUUCAUCCGUGACGUUGAACGCUUCCAGUUUUCCCAAUAACAAUGUUAAAUUAUUAGGUGGGAAUUCAGAUGAAUCUUCUGUUAUUACCAGAUCUCUUUCACCAAAUCAAUGCACUUCAAUUAAUAAUACCAAAUCCCAACAAUUGGUUCCCGCCCCACCACCGCCGCCGCCGCCACCACCACCUCCCCCGCCUCCUCCACCCCCAUCAGUGGCUAAUAUACCUGGGUCGAAAAAUUGGCAUCAAAACACUACAACAGCAAUAAGUAAUAAACUAUCAGGUUCACAGUCUGCUGCCGAAAAUUCUGAUACUAGUGACCAUGAUAGUGUCGCUGAAUCUGGUAGUUUAGAUGCUCAAUUACGUAUGGCCAGACAACAACGUAUUCGUGCUGCUUCUGUUGCUGGCCUAGGAUCUUCUGAUUUUGCAACAACUCUUUCUGGCCCACGUACUCAUGGUGUAGAUAUGAUGACUGAUCUUCAACGUGUUUUGGCAGCACGUCGACGUGCUAAGGAAGCUGAAGAGGAUUCGAAUGCUACAACUGGCGUUAUUUCUACAUCAAGUAAUAACACUUCGACAUCAACAACAGUUAGUAACUCAAAUAGUGAUCUACCAACUCCUAGUUCUCCUGUUCGUUCACAUUCUGUCAUAACAAACGCGUUUCAAGGUCAGAAUUCUUCCACAAAUACUAGUUCAUCCAUUGUACCUGGUUAUGCUACAUUACGAAAAGUUUCCAGUCCAUCUUUGGAUUCAACAACAAUUAAUUCUUUAUCCAACUCUUGUUCAACUAAUAAUUCCAAUAGUGGGAGUACAACAGUAAAUCGAGCUGAUUUAGAAGCAUUUAAACGUGAAUUAAUAUCGGAAUUUCGUCGAGAAGUUCAACAAUUAAAAAAUGACGUAAUCGAAGGUGAUCUUGACUUUUCUUUUUUCUGUUUUUUGAGUGAUGUAUAGGUUACAUUUAAUUACUAUUUGGGAAUUUGUAUUUUUGAUUGAAUAAUAUCUUUGAAAACAAUAGCUAAUUAGCUUUUAUUUAUUAUUUGACAGAAAUGAUUUACCACUAAGCACAAUAUCAAGUUAGUAUACAUAAAGUUUCUCUAGUUAUUUAUUCAAGUAUCAUUCACUUGUCCUCAUCGUUGAUCACACCAUUUUUAUACACCUUGUCAAUAGUGAGUUGUAGAGGUAAUCAUUAAAAAAAUAGCCUUUACUAAUUUAGUUCCAACAUAUCGAGUGUGAGACAAUUAUCCACCAUAAGUAAUGGAAGGUAAUCACACAGUAUCGCAAAAUGGUUAAAAUCAAAACAUGGCUCGUGGCUAACUCGCCAGCUCGAGGGUCUUGGGUUUGAGAUCUCCUUUGAAGUCGUGGAAGUGCACUGUUCAGAGGAAAUAAAUGAACAAUGCUUCCGGGUUUUCAAUAAUGGUCUGAAUAAGAUCAAUGUGUGAUAUAUUCCAUGAAAAUUCACUAUAGGUUAAAAUUGUACGUAAUUUCUAUUCAUUUACUUAUCGGUUUUGCUAUAACCGUGAGACGGCAGCAGAUAAGAGGGUAGCGAAUUAUCGAUCGGACCAAAGACGCACAAACACGUAGAACGACCUUGGGUUCUGAUUGGUCCCGCUUCCCUAUCUAGCCCAGCAGUUGAGUCCAGAACGCAGCCUCGGAUAUAUGAAUCAUUACAUUUCAAACAUACUUUGUUUAUAUACCAAUCAAUCAGACCACAACAUACCAUAAAAUAGAAAAUAACAUUGUACAAUAUUGACCAGUAGGAAAAUAACACGUGAAAUAAGUACUGACCAAUAAGAAAAUCAUACCAUGUCCAAGUCCAAGAAUAGCAUUAGAAUUAAUAGGAUAAUUUCUGGGAUAUUUUCCUGAAUAUCUCAACAGGUUUUUACGUAUUUCUGUUCUCUUUUCGUUUUUCUUUUAGCUCUUCGUGCAUCUUCUAUUCGAAAUUGUUAGUUAAACCAUAAUGAACCACCGAUUGAUGAUCAUCUUCAACAUCUUCAUCGAUUGAAUGAAAUAUUUGUUCGCUUACCUUACUUCUUUCUCUUUUGUUUUCUUUUCCACAUUUUUACCGUUCUUUCUCCAUAUUUAAUCAAAUAAUAAAGAAUAUUAUUAAUACAACUAAACAAUGCUCACCUAACAUUCCAUAAUGUUGAUAAUAAGUAGUCUGUUGAAAUUGUUCUUUGGUGUAAAUCAUCUUAAUGUUCUGUUUAUUUAUAUGGACACAUUAUAUUAUUAUUAUCAACAUAUUGUGCUUCUGAUAAAACGUCAUUGUGGUAAUGAUAGACAAAGUUGAUUUGGUAUUGUUGUUGCCCUAGUUUACAGGCUACGUACAUUUGUGUGUGUGAGUGUAUAAGUCUAUGAGUAUAUCUGUUCAACUUACUGAUAUACAAACGACGCACUACCCCUAUUUGUACGAUUUACUCUGAUAUAUGCAUUUUAUUGUUAUCUUGUAGUUGUUACUCUCGUUUUUUUCCAUUUCUUAUUGUAUAAUGUAGAGUUGUUUGCUUAACUUUUCUCUGUCUCUGUUGAUCCCACUUAAUAAUGGUAUGUUUUCUACGAUAAUAAUGAUUAUAACAGCAUUUUAAGAGAGGAACUGUUAAGAUAGUUAAGAAUUAUUCAUUUAAAAACCUGAUUUAUACUUUGUUUGUUCUUUAUUUGACUUCAUUUAAGUCAAUGUUUGUCAAUUUCUUCUUUGUUAUUAUGAUCUAUGCACACACUAACCUCGAGUCACAUUUUGUGUAUUUUCACUUACUAGGUUUUCAUCAUUUGUUGUAAUGUAAUUAAAUAAAUCAGUGCUUUUUAUAAAUGUGUCUAUGUAUAAAUCUGCACUUGGUGUGUACACAUGUGCUUUUCUAAUGUUUCCAUUUGAAUGAGACAACAGAAUAAAUAUUUUUGUUGAGUUCUUCUUUCAUUUUGUUAUUGGCUUCUCUCUCUUUUUGUUUAUGGUAUUUCAGAUAGUUGAAUAAUAGACAACAAACUGUUCAUUUCAUUAUAUUUACUUAAAAACUAGAAGCAUUUCAUUUAUCACUCCUAUUCUCUAUCAUCAUUUUGUAAUGAUUCUUAUCUUUAAGAUUGUUGAAGACCGGUUUACAGAUAUACAAUAUAGUAUUAACUGCCAUCAUAGUCAAUGGUUAUCAUCAUUAUUAUAUUUAAUAGUUUUUGUAAAACAAAAAACAUUGCGUUUAUUACAGCUUACGAUUGUUAAUUUGUUAAGAAAAUUGAAUACUUUUUUUCUAGGUUGUUCUUCCUAUCAUCAUAAAUUAUCCAUUUGAUAUAUGAUUUAGUGUGUUUGUGUUUGUGUAUACGUGAAUUAUUUAUUCUAAAGUUUAAUCAUAACAUUGUUAUGAUUACCAUAGUUCACUACAGUGUCCUAUGUUUUUGCUUUUUGAGGAGUACCUUCCAACUCUUCCUUUUCUUCUUCUUAAUAUCUUGCUUCUUUUCUGAAUAUUAUUAUUUUCUAUAAAAGUAAAACUAUAUUGCAUUUCAUUACAAAUUUAUGGCUUAACUACAUAUUCUGAUGAGAUUUCUUUUUUAUCUCUAUUCAAAUGUGUAGAACUCUUUGUUACUUAUCAUUGUUGCUAACAUUGGUAUUUAUUUUAUCGUUUAAUACUUCAUAUAUAUAUCAUUAUUCUACUGGUGGAUUUUCAUUAUGUUUUUUUUUCAAAGUAUAUUCCUAACACCAUAUAGAAUGAUACUUCAACUCGUGUUCUUUUUUUUCAUUUGAAUAAACGGAGUUGU